UUAUUGAUUCGCAUAUUUUUUUAGACUUCAAGCAGAUUUUUCUGGUUUUUCGAGCAGUUGCAGACAUUUUUCAAAAACAUCUGGCAUCUCUGCUUCCUGUUUUACGUUUGUUAGUUUUGUCUAUUUUCGCACGAUUCAAAGGUAAUUAUGGUGUCGGUUUUGAAUACAGUCGAUACGGGGCAUGAAGACAUGAUUCAUGGGGCAGAAGUGGAUUACUAUGGUUUGCGUUUGGCGACGUGUUCAUCAGACAACACAGUAAAGAUAUUUGAUAUCAAAGGUGGAGCUCAAACAUUAGCUGCAGAUUUGAAAGGACAUGGUGGUCCAGUGUGGCAAGUAGCUUGGGCUCACCCACGUUAUGGUAAUGUAAUUGCUUCUUGUUCUUACGAUCGCAAAGUGAUUAUUUGGAAAGAGGCUGGAUUUGGCGAUUGGGGCAAGUGGUUCGAGUAUAGUAAUCACGAUUCAUCUGUAAACUCUGUUGCUUGGGCUCCGGCAGAAUAUGGCUUAAUUUUAGCCUGUGGGAGCUCAGACGGCUCUGUUUCUAUUUUGACGGCCAAUAUAGAGGCAGAUACAUGGGAUUCGAAAAAAAUUUCAAAUGCCCAUAGUAUCGGCUGUAACACCGUUAGCUGGUGUCCUGCUACUGCACCUGAACCGGCUUUUGAUCAAAGAUUGUGUAAAACUAAUGCAGUAGUUAAGCGGCUUGUUACAGGAGGAUGUGAUAACGCUGUUAAAAUUUGGAAAGAGGAAGGAGAACGCUGGGACGAAGAUAAACGCUUGGAACUGCAUUCGGACUGGGUACGGGAUGUAGCAUGGGCUCCAAACGUUGGACUUCCUCGUUACCAAAUCGCAAGUUGCUCCCAAGAUCGACGAGUUAUAAUUUGGAGCAGUGAUGACUUGCAGAACUGGCAGUCAACAAUUUUGAACAAUUUCGAUGAUGUUGUUUGGAAUGUGAGCUGGUCCUUAACGGGAAAUCUCUUGGCAGUUUCAGGUGGAGAUAACAAAAUCAGUUUAUGGAAAGAAAAUAAUGAAGGACAAUGGAAUUGUAUAAGCGAGGACACGACCACGAUAGGACAACCGAACCCAAUUAAUCAAGCUCAGAAUAAUUUUGUCAACGAACAGAGAACUCUGUAAAAAUAUGACCAACAAUCGAUGUCAUAUUUUACAUAUUAUUUUUUAUCAAUAAAUAUAAAUGAGAAA